UUUCCCUUGCUGUGUAGAGAUUAAUGGACAGGCGCUGUUGAGUGCUCGGUCCUGGCUGUCAAGACGGUGCUCGGUCCAGACGGAGCCUGGCUUUAAAUCCGCCCUGGACGAUAUCGGAAAAGAAGUGAAGUGGACUACAAGUUGAAAAAGCCACAGGCACAUAUCCACAGGAAAAAGGGGCCUGCCUGUUUUGUGUAACGACUGCGAGGGACGCCAGCAGCUAGCUCGCGAUUAGCCACUCUGAAAAAGGAGUGCGUCUUUUUUUGAACACUUGUUCCAAUUCCCCGGACUGGCUUUUGGAUAUAUUUGGCUUUCUUUUGACAAAAAAAUUCGCACAACGAAGCGACUUCCUGGCUCGACUUGUGGUUGACCGAGCUAACACCCACUAGCCUAGCCUAGCAUUAGCCUAGCCUAGCCUAGCUUAGCUUAGCCUCCGACGUGAGGUGUUGGGAGUUCCCCACAAUUGACCGACAACCGGGGGGUGGGGGGGUUACAAUUCGGCCUCGUUCGCCAAGAAUGAUCGCGGUAAGCUAGAGGACGGCACCGAUAGCUUUUAACCAGCCCGGAGGAGGCAAAGUCUAUCGCAGUCAUCCACUUCUAAAAAAAACAAAACAACAACAACAACAAGUCGCUCCCAACGCCAGGAUCCUGCCAGGCUGCCAUCAUGGGCAACACGGCCACCGCCAAGAAGGGCAAUGAGAUGGAGAGUGUGAAGGAGUUUCUUGCCAAAGCCAAAGAAGAUUUCCUAAAGAAAUGGGAGAAUCCAGCACAGCAAACUGCAGCUUUGGACCACUUUGAGCGUCUAAAGACUUUAGGCACUGGUUCCUUUGGCAGAGUCAUGCUGGUUAAGCACAAAGAGUCGGGCCUGCACUUUGCAAUGAAAAUACUCGACAAACAAAAGGUGGUGAAGCUGAAGCAGAUCGAGCACACACUAAACGAGAAACGCAUCCUGCAGGCAGUUACCUUUCCUUUCCUUGUGCGACUGGAGCAUUCUUUUAAGGACAACAGUAAUUUAUAUAUGAUAAUGGAGUACGUCCCAGGAGGCGAAAUGUUUUCACACUUGAGGAGAAUCGGUAGAUUCAGUGAACCACACGCCCGCUUCUACGCAGCACAGAUUGUACUGACCUUUGAGUACCUUCACUCGCUGGACCUCAUCUACAGAGACCUGAAGCCAGAGAACCUGCUCAUCGACCAGCAGGGUUACAUCCAGGUUACAGAUUUUGGCUUUGCGAAAAGAGUGAAAGGUCGAACCUGGACGCUUUGCGGAACUCCAGAGUACCUGGCACCCGAGAUCAUCUUAAGUAAAGGCUACAAUAAAGCCGUUGACUGGUGGGCUCUUGGGGUGCUCAUAUACGAGAUGGCUGCUGGGUACCCCCCGUUCUUUGCAGACCAGCCCAUCCAAAUUUAUGAGAAGAUUGUAUCAGGGAAGGUGCGCUUCCCCUCCCACUUCAGCUCGGACCUGAAGGACUUGUUGAGGAACCUCCUGCAGGUGGACCUCACCAAGCGCUUCGGCAACCUCAGGAACGGCGUCAACGACAUCAAGGGCCACAGGUGGUUCGCCACCACCGACUGGAUCGCCAUCUAUCAGAGGAAGGUGGAGGCCCCCUUCAUCCCCAAGUGCAGAGGGCCCGGCGACACCAGCAACUUUGACGACUACGACGAGGAGGAGAUCCGAGUGUCCAUCGCAGAGAAGUGCGCCAAGGAGUUUGCCGAAUUUUAACUUCCUUUGCUGGUUUGGAGUUGGGGGGAGAGGAUGUCGGGCGGACUGCUUAUUUGUGUUAAGUCCCUCCCCCUUUCCCGCCUUGCCUCCUGACAGGAGAGGCAGGCCCAGCAGCGAGGGAAAGAUCCAACAGAACCAGCAGUGUUGCCUUCUUCACAUCUUUUUGCUUUGUUUCUCAGCUGUUACCUGUUCACCUCUACCAUCCUUGUUCACCUCUACCAUCCCUGUUCACCUCUCCAUCCCUGUUCACCUCUACCAUCCCUGUUCACCUCUACCAUCCCUGUUCA